AUGGCCGUCACUAAGAUCUUCUCCCGUUACGUUUACGACUCCAGAGGAAACCCAACCGUCGAAGUCGACUUGACUACCGACAAGGGUUUGUUCAGAGCCAUUGUUCCUUCUGGUGCCUCUACCGGUAUCCACGAGGCUUUGGAAUUGAGAGACGGUGACAAGUCCAAGUGGUUGGGCAAGGGUGUCUUGAAGGCUGUUGCCAACGUCAACGAGAUCAUUGCUCCAGCUUUCGUCAAGGCUAACAUUGACGUUACCAACCAAGAGAAGGUUGACGAAUUUUUGAACUCUUUGGACGGUACCCCAAACAAGUCCAAGUUGGGUGCUAACGCUAUCUUGGGUGUCUCUUUGGCUGCUGCCAAGGCUGCUGCUGCCGAGAAGAACGUCUCUUUGUACAAGCACAUUGCUGACAUCUCUGGUGCUAAGCAAGACAAGUACGUUUUGCCAGUUCCAUUCCAAAACGUCUUGAACGGUGGUUCCCACGCUGGUGGUGCUUUGGCUUUCCAAGAAUUUAUGAUUGUUCCAACUGACGCUCCAACUUUCGCUGAGGCUUUGAGAAUUGGUUCUGAAGUCUACCACAACUUGAAGUCUUUGACCAAGAAGAAGUACGGCCAAUCCGCCGGUAACGUUGGUGACGAAGGUGGUGUUGCUCCAGACAUUGGUUCUCCAAGAGAAGCUUUGGACUUGAUUGUCGACGCUAUUGCUAAGGCUGGUUACACUGGCAAGGUUGGCAUUGCUUUGGAUGUUGCUUCUUCUGAGUUCUACAAGGACGGCAAGUACGACUUGGACUUCAAGAACCCUAACUCUGACCCAUCCAAGUGGUUGUCUGGUGAGCAAUUGGCCUCUUUGUACGAAGAGUUGAUCAAGGAAUACCCAAUUGUCUCUAUCGAGGACCCAUUCGCUGAAGACGACUGGGAAGCCUGGGUUCACUUCCACAGCAAGGUCGCUGACAAGAUCCAAAUUGUCGGUGAUGACUUGACUGUCACCAACCCAUUGAGAAUCAAGACUGCUAUUGACAAGAAGGCUUGUAACGCUUUGUUGUUGAAGGUCAACCAAAUCGGUACCUUGUCUGAGUCUAUCAAGGCUGCUAACGACUCUUUCUCCGCUGGCUGGGGUGUUAUGGUUUCCCACAGAUCUGGUGAGACCGAGGACACCACUAUUGCUGACUUGUCUGUUGGUUUGAGAGCUGGUCAAAUCAAGACUGGUGCUCCAGCUAGAUCUGAGAGAUUGGCCAAGUUGAACCAAAUCUUGAGAAUUGAAGAAGAGUUGGGUGACAAGGCUGUGUACGCCGGUAAGAACUUCAGAACUGCUUCCACUUUGUAA